GACGGGCUGGUCCUUCUCCUCCGGAGAGCUCCUGGGAAGCAUAAAGCUGGACCGGGGCGGGGGGAGCAGUGGGGGGAAGCGAACGCACGUGAAAGGACUUGGCUCUGGCCGGCUAGCAGUGGGAGCCUCUGGGUGUUCUUGGGAAGUGUCGUCCCCCACCCCGCUCCAGCCGCAUGCGUUUCCAGGGCGGGGGGCGGGAAUGGGGAAUAUCUUAUUACAAAGGGACAAGGCCACCUUGGAGCCGCAGCAGCCUUCCCGCCUCCCCCUCCCGCGAGGCGCUGCAAGGUGCCCGAAGAGCUCUCUGAGGAGUGAGGAGGACGCUUUCUUCCCUUCUUUGGAGAGGGAGAACAGGUCUCCUGAGGGAGCCGGCGAGGCGGAGCAGAGAAAAACAAUAGGGUUUCUUGGCGUAGAAGAAACUGCUUUGGCGGCGGCUCGGGAGGGGCGAAAGGAGACAAGCCGUCUUGCUCCCGUUCGCACCCCGCUGAGGGGAGGAAAAAUGAGCACGCCGGGAAACGCUGCUGAGGGGCGUUUGCGGCUGGUUUGGAGCUGAAGCCCCGGGACUGGUGGGAAAUGCGCCUCUCUGUGCGCCGCCUGAUCCACCCAGAAACAAAGCAAGCAGUUUUUAAAAAGGCUGGGAGGGUGAUGAUGAGUUUUCAGAGAGGUGCCUGAAAUUCACUCACUGAUGGUGUAUUAACUUUUGGAAGUGUGAGACAUAAGUUGCUGCUCUGCCGUUUGAUGUUACAUGCACAUCGAAGGAAGUGUAUCUCUCUCUCCAUAGAGAGAGAGACUAUAAAAUGCAUGUUAUGAAUUGUGUCUCCUUGGUCAAUGAUAAAGAAAAUGGAGCUAUUUCACUUGAAGCUGGAUUAAUGAUUGGAGAUACAACAGAACCAGAAGAGCAAGUGCCGCCACCUCCGCCACCUCCACCAUGUCUGUCCACAGAAGCUGGAUUUCUUUUGCCACCAGCAGUGCCGCCGCCCCCACCACCUCCACCUCCAGUAGGGAGCAGAUCUCCAUUGCCGCAGUUAGUAAACGGGCAUGGCUAUCAGAGCAAGAAGAAGCGGAUACGUAGCUUCUUCUGGAAAACUAUCCCUGAAGAGCAAGUCCGUGGUAAAACCAAUAUCUGGACUAUUGGUGCUAAACAGAGCUAUCAGAUUGACACAAAGACAAUUGAGGAAUUAUUUGGGCAGCAAGAAGCAACUGCGGCUCUGGAUUCCAGAAACAGAGCUUCAAGGAAGUCAUUUAAAGAUGCCAAACAAGAGAUUAAUAUUUUGGAUGCCAAAAGAAGUAUGAACAUUGGAAUCUUUCUCAAGCAGUUCAAAAAAUCUGUUGAAUCCGUAAUUGAAGAUCUUCAUUCAGGAAGAAGUGAUCUCUAUGGUUCUGAGAUACUGCGUGAACUAUUCAAGUUACUGCCAGAAACAGAAGAGGUAAAGAAAUUAAAAGACUUCAGUGGAGACAUAUCAAAACUGUGUCAAGCAGAUUCCUUUAUGUACAUGCUAAUCCAGGUGCCAAACUACUCACUGCGAAUUGAAGCCAUGGUGUUAAAAAAGGAAUUCUCCCCGUCUUGUACUUCUCUGCAGAAAGACAUGACAAUUAUAAGAAUGGCUACAAAGGAGCUAAUGUGCUGUGAUGAGUUGCAUUCCAUAUUACAUUUGGUACUUCAGGCUGGGAAUAUUAUGAAUGCAGGAGGCUAUGCUGGCAAUGCAGUUGGUUUUAAGCUAUCAUCAUUACUCAAGUUGGCAGAUACAAAAGCAAACAAGCCUGGGAUGAAUCUGCUUCAUUUUGUUGCUUUGGAAGCCCAGAAGACGGAUAAAGUUCUUCUAACAUUUUCAGAAAAAUUGCAACACGUUCAGGAGGCAGCCAGAAUAUCUAUGGAAAACAUAGAUGUAGAGCUUCAUUCACUCUCAACCAAAACAAAAUCUCUUAAGGACAAUAUUAAACGGGACUCGGAGCUCUUUCACCAGAUGGAAGGCUUCCUUCAGUUUGCUAUCAAAGAGCUAAAAGAACUGGAACACUUUAAACGAGACCUGCUCAAGGAAACACAUACCCUUAUGGACUUCUUGUGUGAAGAUAAAGAAACCAUGAAACUGGAGGAGUGCUUUCAGAUAUUUAGGGAUUUUUGCCUAAGGUUUAACAAAGCUGUUAAGGAAAACAAGGAAAGAGAGGCACAAGAACUUCAACAGCUGCAGCGAUUAAAAGAACUCGAGGAAAAACGCCGAUCAUGGGCUGCUAGUGACCUUGGAGCAUUUGGCAGGAGCAGCAGUGAAAAUGAUGUUGGGACACUGACCAAGAGAGGACUUGAAGAAUUUCUACCCUUCUUGCAGCAGAGACCCCAAAGUCCUUCCUACAGAAACACUAGUACUAGGCGCUCACGGCAUUCCUUGGGAGUCACUGCAGACAGAGAACUGUUGACUUUCCUGGAGACCUCAAAGGGUGAGGAUCCAAACAAGUCCAACAGCCUUCCUCGUGCACAUGUUGGUCAAGCAAGGCCUAAUGUAGCCUGGACUGAUUCUAAGGAGCCUGGAGAUCUCAGUUUAACUAACUUGCACUUACAUCAGGCAUCUGAAGAAGAAACAGACUGCAAUUACUUCCAGUUGCCUCCAUCUCAGUCUGAUCACAUAGAAGACCUUGAGGAAUUAGAAGCUGCCGAUACAUACCUGUAUAAUGAGCAAGAGAGUGCCGACAGUGACAAGUACAGAUUUAACGUGCCUUGUAUCGAAGCCACAGGUGCAGCCCCUUGGGACCUCUCUGUUGAAGAAUGUGAACUUGUUCCAGGGCUGCAGAAGUUUGACUUCCAUGGAGAAAACCCGUCCACAGUUCAUUUUGAAAUUGGUGCUAGAAACUUUGAGACGGUAGGUGACUUGAGCUUGUACUCUCUUGGCAAAGCAGUAGAUCCGUUACCAUCUAAAGAGACUGUUUAUAAGGCUGAACACUCUGCCAAAGUGGCAAGUCAUGUGCAUGAAGCUCCAGAAACCAACACUGGUAGUCCCACAUCUUCAGAUGGUAGCGUUUCAGGAAAUAAGGCACAUGGGCCAGUGUUUUGUGCAUCGGAUACUUCCGACUGUUCUUUGACACUAGAUCUUUCUGAAAGAAACAAUACAAAGCUAGGUGGCAACAAAAUGAACCAGGACGACAGUGCUACUCCCCACUUUAUAAAUGAUCUGCAAAUGGGUGGCACAAUCUUGGGCACAAGUUCCUCAUUUCCAAAUGAUAAAGAUGAUUCUGGCAGUAGGUCUGGCCUUACAAAGGAAAAAUUUGCCAAGAGCAAAGAUGCAUCAGGGCCAAAGAGAAAUUCUCUGAAAGAUAAAUCAUCAAGUCCCCCGAAGUCCAGCAGUGGUCCUCCCAACCACCCCAGACCAGUCAGAACACUGAACUCCUCUGAGAAUGCAAGUAUGAGGAAGGUAGUGCCCAUUUCCAGAUCAACGAAAGCAGCACCCCCAAAUUGUACCAAAAAGCCAGAGGCUAAGCCAGCACCUCGAGACACUAGCACAGCUGAAACGCGACUGUCGCGGCGCAACUCUGUUCGGGGCAUCGCAGACACGGUACCCAAACCUCCAUAUAGGCAGAGCAUAUCUGUAGAGGAGCCCAAAUUCCAGAGAGGGACUGCAGCUUCCAGCAGUGGCCAUUUUGAGAGGGAGCAACUUCAGCACAAAGGCUCUUUCAAAAAGCCAAGCUCGAAACCCGUCCGAUAUGUUCCCAAAUCAAAGAACGAUGAAACCAAAAUGUGCCGCUCUUCGACCAAAUCACAGCCCGCUCCAGAUCCUAGUAAAAGCACAACUGUCACCAUUCCCAAGACACCAGCUCCUGUUCCAAGCUUUGCAAGGAAUACAGUGGCCUCUUCCUCAAGAUGUGCAAAGGUGGAUUUGCCGGCCACCUCUAAAGCACCAACCCUAACAAGGUCUCUGUCUCAGAGAUUGCCUCGGAUGAGAAUUGCAACAGCCUCCGAUGACUCCAAUCCAAAGGAAAACGGUGGAAGCACACUAAAAAGGGCUAAUAGUGCUAGAAUUAUAAAAAGGAACACUGAAAGUAGUGAGCUAAGUAUUAAAGUGGACCCUAUGGUAAGGGAACAAACAACUGCAGAAAAGUCUUCAUACCUUAAAUGUAAAGAUGGAAAUCAGACUACCAUAGGGAAACUACUGAAUCACUUCUGAAAAUGAAAUAAAGGGUUUGUAUCAUCUGGCAAUAUAGAAUGUGAAAACCAGCUUUUUCAACACUUAAUAUGUCUAUUGUGAAAUAUUCCAAAUGGUGUUUUUAAUGGUAUGAAAUGCAAGUUAAGGUACAUUGUGCAUCAGAAAAGAGCACCUGCUAGUCUUGAUCCUGCUGUAUGUCUGAAUUGAAUGUAUUCAACUAUGUACUGUGAUGGAAUAGCUGUAACAAUGUUCCCUUGCUUUUGGGGAGAUAGUACUUUUACACAAACUUUACAAGCUCAAGGAAUGCUUUUGUCUAGUGAAAUGGGGGGUGGGGGAAUAGAACUAGAGAUCAUGGCCAGUUCUUGUAUAAUCACUGCUCUUUUGAAAAUGCAGUUCUGAAUGCCUUGUGAAAAAGUUUAAAAAAAGCAUACUUGGAUCAUUUUAGUUCCUUGGCUCCAGUAAUAAGUUUUGCCUGUUGCAGAGUCCAUUGCUGGCAAUUGGACACACAGAACUGCUGGCCUACAAAAUGGUAAAAUAGGACAGUGCUGUUGUAGGGGCACUGAUGUAAUCUCAUCUGAAGAAUUUGCAGCAUGUCUUUUAAGUAUGUGUGUAUGUGUGUGUCUAGAAAGGAGGGGAAACUCUGCUGGGCAGAAUAUUCAUUCUCCAGGAGCGUGGAAGAACGGCCUUGCACGUACAAGUAGAAUAGUUUGAGUGACUGGUGCUGGAAUUAGUAGAGUUAGCUGAAGGCUGUGGCUUUCAGAAACCAACAGUAGCUAAUGGAGAAAAUGGCAAGUGACUUGACUUGAGUCAAGCACAUGCAAACUUGCCAGCUUUUGGUAUACAAAAGUGCCAUAUUUAUAAUACACAUUACAGAUGCUGCAGCUUGAAACCUGGGAGGGCUGCAGCCUUUUGCAGAGCACUUUUCUCAUUUCCACUGGUUUGAGCUACUGUCAAAUGACUUGAAGUGCUGCUAUGGCUCCGGUUAGUAAGAGCCUGUUGGUUUCCCGGCUGCCUCCUUCUUUGUCAAUAUGACCGGUUGGCAUGAAACAUGCUGAUUUCUUUUAUGCAUGACAAAAGGCUCUUUUUUUGUAAACUAAGCUUAAAUGGCUUCAGACAAGUAUUUUAACACUACUUUUUAAACUUCACUUUUGAUAAGCUUUUUAAAAAAAAACAAACACCUCAGACUACUGCCGAAAACAUAUGAUACCAGUGAAUGAGAGAACUUGUCACAUGUUCCACUUUCCUCUUGUUCCUUUUCCAGGCAAAUAUAUGUUGGUUACCUCAGCCUCAUUAUUUAAAUAGUUGCUAGCUUAUUCCUUUAUGAAAGCCUCAUUUUUAAAAAAAAAAUCAUGCAGUGGAAAUAUUUGGACAGAUGUUGAGUUGGUUUUGAUGCCUUUUCCUUUAGCACUCCCACUACUAUCUCCCUACAUUCACCUGAUAUAGAUGCAUCUGUUGUAACAAAUUACUUGCACAGAUGUGAUAACUGACACUAAACUUCCUUCAACCAACUUAAUGUUACCAUUGCAGCUCAUGGCCUUAACUUUUUUCACACACAAAUAGUUUCCAGAAACUUAUCCCCAAGAAAAUAUUCCAAAAUGUCAUCUAGUGUGCCAUUGGGCUCUCCAAAUAUGUCAACACUUCCGUGUGGUGUGGUUGGCUUAGCCCUCUCUUAGUAAAGUCCUUAUAGGGAAAUCGUUGCUUUCCGUUUUAUAAACUACUUGGAUUAUGCUCCUUUGUGGGUUAACCAUUCAUUUGGCCCUACUCAUAUAUAUAUUUUUGUGUAUUCAUCUGUGAUAGCAGGUGAUGGAUUUUUAUUAAUUUUUGAUGUAAUAAGCUUGAAAAAGAGAAAAUAAUUUAAAUGUUAUGCAUUUGGAAACUGUAAGUAAAUUUCUAUAUAAGUGUGUAAAAAUGAACUGGAUGUAUUUAAUGGGCCAUUUAUACAUUUCUGAAUUUCUUGUUAGUUUAAUAAAGUUCCCAUUAAUGGGU